UGUAGAAAACAGUAUUUCUACCCAAGUAGCCCAGUUUAUUGCUUUUGUUAAAAGAUAUUUGCCCAGAUGUAACCGUAAUCUGCAUAGAUUCAAAGCAACACAUUCACGGUGGGUCGAGGGCAAAAUAUUUAUCAACUUAAAAGAAGUUAAGUCCUCGCAAGAUAAAGCUGGCCGUAAAGAACUUACUUAUGAAGAAGCAGGCAGUCGGCUGAAGAGAAAAUUAGCUUCUGAUCUUGCAAGUCAAGAAGAACACACAACCCAACUGUUUAUACAUGCUGCAUCGGUUUCAGCAAAAAAAUGCAAAGAAAAUGAUAUGGCAUUCGUUCUACGAAAAACAAUGCACAGUGAGAAUGCGAGUGAGAUAAGAAAGAAAAUAGAAGGAAAUUUACCAACUUCUAUAGAACCAUCUGAAGCAUUGGCUUUUCUUAUUGAAAACGGGUUAACAAAAGAGCAGUAUGGAAACAUUAAGUUGAUCUGUAAACAACACGGAUGUGAUAUUUUCCCAUCUUAUUUGGAAGUAGUGAAAGCUAAGUUGAAAUGCAGGCCAAAUGGAAUAUCAAUUUGUGAAAAAAAAGCGGAAGUGCCUUUGCAGAGCUUACUAAAUCAUACAGCAGAUCGGAUUCUAAAGCUGCAAGAGGAUGUUUUAGAAGUAGUUCCAAAUGCAACGCACUAUAAAUUAAUAGUGAGCUACGGUUUCGAUGGAUCAACUGGGCAAAGCAGUUAUAAGCAAUAUUUUCAGAGUGAUGAGUUCAAUACUAUGGAUCAUUCCCUUUUUGUUUCCACAAUAAUUCCCCUAAGAUUGACGGAUGAACAUAACCGAAUAAUUUGGCUCAAUAGAACACCGCAGUCAAUUAGAUUUUGUCGACCUUUGAAAAUCGAAUUUGUUAAGGAAACCACAGCCGUUAUAUUGAAUGAAAAAAAAUAUUGGGAGGAGCAAAUAAGAGGUCUUAGUGAGCAUAAAUAUAUAUAUAAUAACAACACAAUAUAUAUCCAGUAUGAUAUGCAUCUGACCCUUAUUGAUGGAAAGGUUUUGAAUAUUGUAACGGGUACAAAUUCGUGCCAAUCAUGCCCUCUAUGCGGGGCGAAACCAAAACAAUUGUUAGAAAUUGCUGAUUUUAACUCAGCGUGUUUUAAAGUGACUGAAAAAAAUCUUAAGUAUGGAUUAAGCCCACUUCAUGCUUGGAUAAGAUUUUUAGAGUUUGUGUUAAGAAUAUCUUAUAAAAAUGAUUUAAAGAAAUGGCGCAUAAAGGAAGCAGAUAAAAAUCAAGUCGCAGCACGGAAGCAACAAAUACAAGAAAAGUUAUGGCUGGAAAUGGGUCUUAUAGUUGAUAAACCCAAACAGAACGGUAGUGGAAGCAGUAAUGAUGGAAACACCGCCCGAAGAGCGUUUUCAGAUCCUAGAAAGUUUUCUGACAUACUAAAUCUCAAUUAUGAAGUUAUCAGGAACUUUCAUAUAAUAUUAAUUGCUAUCUCAUCCGAACAUUAUAUAAAUAGCGAUAAAUUUAGAGCUUUCUGCGUCCGUACAUUUGAAAUAUAUAUGAAUAACUAUUCUUGGUAUCCCAUGUCCCCAACUGUGCACAAAGUUUUGAUCCAUGGAUACCAAAUAAUGGAUAGCUGCAUAGUUCCUGUUGGUGUUCUCGGAGAAAACGCAUCAGAAGCUCGAAACAAAAUUUAUAAAAAUGACAGAAGGUCGCAUGCCAGAAAGAGCAGUAGGCUAAACAACAUCACUGAUGUUUUUCACAGGGCAUUAGAUUCAUCUGAUCCGCUUUUGUCAAGUCUCUGUCUUAAAAAAAGACAGAAGCUUCACAAAAAAUUAAAAUUUCCAAGCGAAGUGAUUGAUCUGUUUGCUCUGAUUGAGCCUCCGCAAAUCGCGCAUCAAUUUACAAAUGAAACUGAAAGUUUAGAAGCUGAAGAUGAGGAUGAGGAUGAUGCAAACAAUUUCGACCCGAAUAUCGAAUUGGAUGAAGAAAAUUAUGAUUAUUGAUGUUAAUUUUUGGAGAUGUGGGUAUCAACGGAAUGAAAAUACACAUUUUAAUUUUUUUAU